AUGGAGGCGUUGGCAGCCUUGUCACUCGUUUGCAACGUUCUGCAGCUUCUUGACGUAGCUAUCCGCGCUCUCAAAGCUUGCAAAGAGCUGCAUGAAUCUGGAGAGGGCCGACUCCGAGAACACAGCGACGCGGAGAAAAGUGUCAAUGACCUUGUCGCGGCAUUGGAAGAGUUCGAUGCUACCUGCCCUGAUCAAAGUCAACAGAUUGACGUGCAGAUUCGACGCGCCAUCCAAGAUUGCAACAAGACGAGCCUGGAAAUUUUGGAAACUCUGAAACCCUGCCAGGUCAGAGGCCAGAAAGGUUUCUGGUCCUCUUUCCUUGCCAUGGGGAACGUCGUUAGUCUACGUAAGGAAAUUCAGACACGGCUGGCCGCCCUGGAAUCCCAUAAAAAGAAGCUGUCAGGGCUUUUAGAGCUGAGUACAAAGUACAUCCGUCAGUUUGCCUCGCCAGUAAUCCAAAGGCUAAUUAGCGGUCUCGAAUCUAGCUUCAAGGUCAAUCAAAUUCUACUCUGCCUUUCAAGGUUACAAGACAACUCGAACUCAAAUGCGAGGGACCUGAAACAUAUCACGGAGCAGUUGCAAAUACUUCUGAUGUCAUCCGCCUCUCAUGGACUGACAAGAAGGAACGAGACUUUCCAAGCUGUACAACAGGAGUUCCCUCGCCUCCUUGAGCACAUAUACCAGCAAGGGGUUCUCGAGAGACUGCGACGGCGAGGCGCGACGAGAGGUUCUCGCCUUGAUGCCAUUGCGCCAGCAACGAAAUAUACUCUGGACUGGGUCUUCGCUUCGUCUGCAACAGAUCGCCCGGGAACUCGUCAAAAGUAUCACGCGACAUUCGUCAGCUGGCUUCGCGAGGGUAGCGGAUUCUACCACUUUCAGGGCAAACCUGGGUCCGGAAAAUCAACGCUGAUGAAGUCCGUUAUCUACAACGCUGACACAAAGAGCCACUUGAGCUACUGGGCCGGCGACAAGCCUCUUUGUCUUGCCUCUUUCUUCUUCUGGAAGCCAGGGUCAAUGCUGCAAAAGACCACCAGAGGCCUUGUGAUGAGUCUUGUGUACGAUAUCAUCAAGAGCUUCCCUCAUCUUGCGGCAGUAGCCUUCCCUGAACAUUGGGACCCAGAAAGCCAUCAUCUCAGCUGGCUUUCGAAUACAACGAUCCACGUACCCAUCGGAAAUGAUGCCAUUGUGGAAGGCUUCCAGAGACUCAUCAAGCAUCAAGGGCCCGGACAUCCUAAGUUUUGUUUCUUCAUUGACGGCCUCGACGAAUUCGAAAAUGAUAGCGAGGAUAUGGCCCUCGGGCAGCUAGCAACUCUGCUUCAAGAGUGGGUCGACGUCUCACAGGGACACGUCAAGAUCUGUGUGGCCAGUCGAGAACAUUUCCCAGACAUGGCAGGCGAAAGUCAUCGGAUCAAGCUCCAAGACUUCACAUACCAAGAUAUCGAGGAACAUGUUACGAGCAGCCUGGUUAAGAACAAGCGAUUCGUCAAGCUUCAGUCCGUUGAAGGCAAGAGUUGCCGCGAAUUGAUCGACCGAGUUACACGCCACGCUGAGGGAACCAGGAAACGCCUGACCAAAAUGUUUAAAUUGCCGGGAUGCAAUCUCUGGACUGAAAUUUUUAUCCUGAUGGGCCAUGAACGAGAAACAGGAAGCAGCCCUUUUCGAACGAAGGCGUUCGAAAACAUAGAUUCCUGUUCAGCUGCCCUCGGCCACUUGUUCAAGCCAGAACGCGAAUGGUUCGAGGCAUUGGUGAACCAAAAUGAAUAUGUCGUCGACAGAGGACAGGUUUCUCUCACUCGGUUUAUUAUGAUAUCAUCGCCUUUUGGAAUAGCCGUGGCUCUUGGCAAGGUGGGAUAUGUCAAAUGGAGACUCGGUAAACAGUGUCCAUCUUCGCAAAUACCCAUCUUCGAAUUGAACGAAGCCUUGUUGAUAAAAAUAUUGACCAUCUUCAGCUGGGAUUCCCUGGAUAUCGUACCACAUUGGUUGGCGCGAGGUCAAAGUUCAAAAGAGGACAGAUUGCGCGCAACAGCUGAGGUUCUGAAAUGGGGUGCCUCUCCGUCACUGCGGUCACACAUACGACUCGACUCCGGAUUCUGGGACAUCGCGAAUGGCACCGUGCAGUAUCUUUGGCAUUUCCUAAUCGUCAGAACGUUACAUGACUGCCUUUUCGACGUCAGCACGGAAGAGGCCUGGGAUACACUCGAACUAUUCUUCAAGCACGGUAUUGCUACGGCUGCUCUCGACUUGAUCAUCAACAUUGAAGGCUCAUCUUUUGGCGACUUGACUGGUGCCACAUGGAUACACCACAAAGCUUCACUGAUCAUCUCAUGCAUAGACAGCGAGGGCCUGGUGGUUUUGAAACGAUUGAAAUUGUCUCCAUUCCGGCAGAAGACGGACAUGAAGAUUUCGAAAGAGAUCCACCGCAAAAGCGAACAAGACUUGCAAUUAAGACUUCCACGCCACGAAGACGGCACAGUUCGCACCGGGAUUCAAGGCUGGAAGUUGCGCGACUUCAUAGCUCACGCCCAACCCCACAAUAUGCAUGCUCUCCUUGCCUACCUGGACAACGCCGAAGAUGAGCGGUGGGAAGGAAUCUAUGCGGAGCGCGAAAAAGCAUGCGUCAAGAUAGAAACGUUGAAAGAAAGUGGCAUGUCGAUGAUUGGGAUGCUGAGGGAAAAUAUUGUCGGCUUCUUUGACGAAGACUUGUCCUGGCCGGGCAUCACCUUCGUGCCAAUGUUGUUGCUUUGGGUCGCGGUCUUUCUUCACGAGUUGGUCCAGGAAGGCUUCUAA